CACCUUUUUCAGAAAAAAAAUCUUCAUGAAAUAAACACUAUUUCCCACAAUGCUGUGCGUCGACAGAUGCUUGCGUCAGUGGCGCGACGAAAAUCUGUUGUUAAACAAACCGGACAAGGUUAACCAUGGAGGUAGAACAGCCAAAGGAAGACUGCAGCCAGACCCAGCCAACACCUACACCUCUCUCUCAGCCAAAGAGGCCAAGUCAGGCUUUGUACGUCCCCAAACAACGACAAACAACGAGCUCUAGAGCCAAAGCUCAGACUCAGGGAGAAGAUAAACCAAGACCCAGGCCUCGGUACACAGACAAGGCACGAAAGAACGCUAAAAACAGGAAGCACAAGGCUGAAGAAGCAGAUAAGGAAGCGCCUGCUGGAGGAGGAGAUGAAGGUGAUGCACAGAACCAAGAUGUGAAGGAUGAGCGAUUAAAGGGUGCAGAAGGGGUGGUUAAUGGACAGGCCAGUGUAAACAAAUUUGAAGUCGAAGCUUCCUCACAGGUGGAUGGAGCGUCCCCUCAGGAAGAAAAUGAGGAGGAAGAGAGUUGGGACACCUUGUUCAAUGAUGAUGGAGACUGUUUGGAUCCACAUCUGCUUGAAGAGCUGGCUGUGAAGGAGGGUAGAAAGAAGAGGUCGGUCCAGGACCCCAGGUUUGAUUACUACAAUAUGGACAGAGAUGACGAAGAUGAGGACAUUGACCUCACAGAGGAUGAGAUUUCUCAUAUUGUGGAGAUCUACGACUUUCCUGCUGAUUUUAAGACGGAAGAUCUUCUCAAGUUGUUUCAAUGCUACCAGCAGAGAGACUUUGACAUCAAGUGGAUUGAUGACACACACGCCCUCGGCCUCUUUUCCAGCCCCAUAGCAGCUCGUGAAGCUCUAAGAUCCAAACAUCCUCUCAUGAAGUUAAGACCUCUCUCCAAAUCUUCCUCUGCAACGAAGGCCAAAGCUCGUAGCUGCUCAGAGUACCUCCUGCCGGCUAAAGAGAGACCUCAGACGAGUGCAGCGCUGGCUCGGAAGCUGGUCAUCGGUGCCCUUGGUGUAAAAAGCAACCUGACAAAGGAGCAGCGGGAAGCCGAGAGGAAGAAACUCCAGGAGGCAAAAGAGCAAAAACGUCUGGCAGCCAAGCAGAGGGAAGAUGCUUGGGAGGGGAAGUGAAUGCACUUUUUUUCCCCUGUAAGACUAUGUGAUGCAGAAGAGGCUCAAACUGGCCAUGUCUUACUUCUACUAGAAUUUAAUAAAUGGAUCAUCUUUUUUUUUUUUUUAGAAUUUUUUUUAUUUAUUUAGUUUUUGUCUUCUUAUUGUCACCACUGCCUCACCACGUUUUGCUCAGUAUCCUGCAGAACUGCACUGUAUCCCAUCUUCCCACCACUGUUCCUUCUCCUGUACUAAACCGGUUCAGCAGCCCUGCUCAUUCAUGAUUCUAACUUCAUAAAAAUCCUUUGUAACACUGAGCCUCAUCAUUUUCAGAUGUAUUUGCUCCAAGUAUUUUCUGUACUGAUCCAAAGCCUCGUUUGACUUUAAAUUGAUUCCUUUGAAUGUUUUUACAGAAAAGCCAUGAUGAUGCAGAGCGUAACUUUAUUCUGUAUAAAGAUGUUGUAGAGAUUUAGUUCAGUUUCAGUGUUUGAUUACAAUGUUUUCACUUUCAGAUAACUACAGGGUUUGCAGUCUAUUACUAGUUUUAAUGCUUUAUGUCAGUCGGUGUGUAGCAUUUUAACUAUUUUUUGAGCAUCUAGUAUAGUUCUUGUCUUGAAAUCAAAUUUUUCUGUUAAUACAUAAAAGCUUAUAGUGUGUUGUCAUUGAGAUUUUGAUGUAUUCUGAGUCAAAAUUAUUAACAGGAAUGCAUUUAUUUAGAGAAACAGACUGUUAUUGUUGUCUGAACUAGUUAAUAUCCCUUGACUGUAACAGUGCUGUAAUGAUCAGUGUGUGUGCUCACAAAUUGUUGGAGCUGCCUGCUCCAGCAAUUGUUUGCGUUCUUUUCAGGUGAUAUAUUCGCAAUUAAAAACAGUUUCACAUCUUUUCAAAACUCCCCGCAGAGCACUGCAGUCCGUUUUUGUUGCUCUGUCGUUUGAAUAUCGUGGAUAUUAAAAAAAACUUUUAUGAGAUUGAAUUAGUCUGUUGAGCAAAUGUUUCAGUUCUAAGCAGAAGUUGGUGAAUA